CCCAAAAGCUGCUGGACACGAGCGGAAGUGCUUGUUUUGCCUUUUGCCCGUCGUCGUCGUCGUCCACAGCUUAGCCCACCUCGUUUUCUAUGCUCAGACUAACUGCUGCCAACGUUUCCAAGAGGUUCCUCAUUCCGUCUGCCUCAACGUCCACAACGAGCAUCAUGUCGCGCAAAUCGUCGACGAAAGCUGCGGUCCAGGACCCACCACCAGGCUACGCCAUUGACCCCAAGGCGCCACCGAUGCUCCGAUACCAAGCUUCGCUCCCUAACCUCCCUGUCCCCACACUCGAAUCCACCGCCGCCAAAUACCUCGAAACCGUUCAACCUCUACUCACCCCCGCCGAAUUCUCAGAAACUCGUGCAGCAGUCGACUCCUUCCUCCAAUCCCCCCUGUCCAAGGAGCUUCAAAAGCGCCUCCAGGCACGCGCGAGCGAGAACGAGAGCUGGCUCUCCGAAUGGUGGAAUGAAGCUGCCUACAUGGGCUACCGCGACCCCGUCGUGGUCUUCGUGUCCUACUUCUUUGUGCACAUCGACGACAAGCUGCGCAAGGACCAGGCCAGCCGUGCUGCCAGUCUGGUGAAGGCUAUGUUGCCCUUCAGGGAUAUGGUUGAGAGUGGACGGUUGGAGCCGGAGAAAGUGAGGGGGAAUCCUCUGUGCAUGGCCAGCUACAAGUGGCUCUUCCAUUCUUCGAGAUACCCUGUCAAGCCUUCGGAUAAGGCUGCCAAGUUUGACGCCAAGGAGAACAACCAUAUAGUCGUCUUGAGGAAGAACAGGUUCUUCGUCGUCCCUCUCACCAACAAGAGCGGUCAGGAGGUUAGCUACGCUGAGCUCGAGGCUCAAUUCAACAAAAUCAAGCAACUCGCUGGCGACAACGCCGCUUCAGUCCCUGUUGGCGCCCUCACCUCCGACCACCGUGACUUGUGGGCAGACAACCGCGCCAAACUCCUUGCUGCUUCCAGCAAGAACGCCUCCCUCCUCCAAAAGAUCGAGAGCGCCAUGAUUGUCGUGGUUCUCGACGACGUUGCCCCUGUCACCCGCGACCAAGUCAGCUGGCACACCUGGACUGGCAAUGCCAGGAACAGGUUCUUCGACAAGCACCAAAUCGUCAUCUACGAAAACGGCAAAUCCGCAUUCCUCGGUGAACAUUCGUGCAUGGACGGUACCCCCACUCUCCGAAUGAAUGAAUUCAUCCUCGCGUCGAUUGACAAGGGCAAGAUCGAUUUGACCCCCAAGCUUUACGAGCAAGUCAUCGACAACGUCGCUGCUCCUGAGGAGCUCGUGUUCGAGACCAACAAGGAGGUUGAGGAGGCCGUGAACGGUGCUUUGGAGCGUUACGAGAGGUUGAUUGGUGGUCACGAUCUCCAGGUCCUCCACUACGAAGGAUACGGCAAGGAGCUCAUGAAGCAAUUCAAACUCUCCCCCGACGCCUGGGCCCAACUCGUCAAACAACUCGCCUUCCACAAAAUGUACAAGCGCCCCGGUGUCUGCUACGAAUCUUGCCAAACGCGUAAAUUCAAGCUCGGCCGAACCGAGGUUAUCCGUACCGUCUCGAACGAGAGCAAGAAGUGGGUCGAGGCGAUGGAAGACCCCAGCGUCACCGACCCCACCUACCUCCGCACGCUCUUCCAGACUGCUGUGUCGCGCCACAUCCAGUAUGCCGGCUGGGCUGCUGACGGCCAGGGCGUGGAUAGGCAUUUGUUCGGGUUGAAGAAGUUGUUGAAGGAGGGCGAGCAGGUUCCUGCUAUCUAUACCGACAAGGCCUUCUCCAAGUCGAACCACUGGGAGCUCUCCACUUCCCAACUCUCGUCCAAGUACUUUGAUGGCUGGGGAUACGGCGAGGUCGUCCCUGACGGGUUCGGCCUGAGCUACAGCAUCGGCGACAACUAUGUGCGGUGGUGCGUGACGAGCUGUGAAGAUGAGGGUGUGUGGGAUACGGAGGGCAAGGAUGAGGCAUUGAGGAGGAGGAAGGUUGAGAAUGGCAAGGCGAGGGAGAGGAAUGCGUUGAUGAAGCAUUAUUUGGCGGAGGCUGCUACGCAGGUUAGGGAGAUGCUUGAGGCUGCGGCCAAGGUUGACAAGGCCAAGGCUGAGAAGGCCAAGUUGUAG